AUGGAAGUUAAUUCUGGAGCCGUAUGUUCCGUUGUCAACGAGAGGACUCUGCGGCGACUGCGGGUAUCCAAGCACAAGCUCCAGCAUUGUGACUUGCAACUUCGUACUUACAACCAGCAGCAACUGAAGGUGCUAGGCUCGGUGACAGUCCAAGUCAACUACAGGGGCAGGCAGGAGCAGCUACGUCUGGUCGUGGUCAAGAGAGCAGGUGUGAACUUGCUGGGCCGGGACUGGUUUAAGGCUCUCGGGAUUGAGCUGAAGGUCAAUCAGCUGAGAAUGGACAAGGUGAGCCAGAGCCCAUCGCUCACUAGUGUGCUAAAGAAGCACUCGAAGGUUUUUCAACCUGGUCUCGGGAAGAGCCAAGGGCCACCAGUACGGGUGGAAGUGCAACCCCACGCACAACCCAGAUUUUACAAGCCCCGACCUGUUCCUUUCGCUCUGCUUCCACGCGUGGAUGAGGCCCUGAUCAAGCUCAUAGGACAAGGAAGAGUCUUUCCGACAUUCCGAAUUGCUUGGGAUGCCCACAGGAUCACCCAGUGCACACGGAGCGAUCCAACCUUAGCUCGAGUUCAACGUUGGGUCGUGAAUGCUUGGCCUCAUGGAAAACUGGAGGAGGAAUUCAAGCCAUUUGUUCGUCGGCAGCACGAACUUUCAGAGUACCGUGGCUGUCUUCUAUGGGGCUGCAGGGCGGUUGUUCCGAACCAAGCAAGAAGUCAUGUUUUAGAGUUGCUGCACAGCACACAUCCUGGUAUUGUGCGCAUGAAAGCCUUGGCGAGAAGCACGGUCUGGUGGCCAGGAAUCGACGGAGACAUCGAGAAAAAGGUCCGAGCUUGUCAGCGCUGCCAAGAGACAAGGCCAGAACCACCACGUGCAAGGCUGCAUCCCUGGGAGUAUGCAAAGAACCCAUGGUCGAGGAUCCACAUUGACUUUGCAGGACCAUUCCAAGGGACUGUUUUCCUCCUAGUGGUCGACGCGCACUCCAAAUGGUUGAAAGUGUUUCCUCUGAAAUCCAUGUCAUCGGCAACUGUGUGCCGCAAGUUACGUGCAUUGUUUGCAGUACACGGUGUUCCGGACACCGUGGUGUCGGACAAUGGAACAGCAUUUUGUUCGGAGGAGUUUCAAGUGUUCAUGCGCGACAACCAGAUUCGACAUGUCCGAGUGGCACCUUACCACCCAUCUUCCAAUGGUCAGGUUGAACGCAUGGUGCAGGAAACAAAGCAGGUUCUGAGACGCAUGAGUGGUGGAGACAUGGACACUAAACUGGCUCGUUUCUUGUUAAGCCAACAUGUUCUGCCACACUCAACAACAGGCAAGAGUCCUGCUGAAAUGCUGAUGGGUAGAAGACUCCACACUGCGCUAGACAAGCUGCACCCAGACCUGCUGGGGGAGAUGAUGGAUAAACAGAAAAAACUGUCUCAGCAAAGCAAUCCAGAAAGUGCGAUACUUUGA